AUGGGCCCCCAACUUGGAUUUGGCGCAACUUUCGUUCCGGGAAGCGAUGAUGAUUACUUUAUGCCAGAGGUCGUGGCUCCGUCCCCUCAGCGGGUGACCCCUCAGGUGCCGCAGAACAUGCAGGAGGACCUGCAGCGCAUGGAGCUCGAAGCCAGUGAAAUUGAGCCGAGAAGCCACGACGCAGCAUCCUACAACAGUAGCAGAGCCCGCGAGCCCUCUCUGUCGACCUACGCCGCCCAGAACCAGCCCGGCAAGCCCCUCACCAGCAACGACAGCAGAGCCUACGGCCAGAACAGCGGCGGUCGGUCACGGCAGCCCGACACCAUGGACGACGACGCCCCGUCGUUCUCGCCCUUCCCCAAGGUGGUUGGCGACAACGUGCCGCCGGCGGACGAGGAGAAGGAGAAGAUCCUGUGGAAGGCCCGAAACCAUGUCUUGCACUCGCAGAACGUCAACAUGCAAAUCACCUGGGCCCGCGAUGUGCUCAACUGGGCCGAGAUUUCCAUGGACGCCGCCGCCAGGGAGGCAGCUGAGACCGGCAAUCGCCCCCCAACCCCGCGCAAGGAGCAUGAGCUGCGCAACGACGCCGUCAGCAUCAUCCGAUACCUGGCCGAGCAGGAGCACCCGGAUGCCCUCUACAUUCGUGCCAAAUGGCUUGAAUUCGGCAAGUUUGGAGAUCGCGUCGACAAGCGCGAGGCCUACGCGGGGUAUAAGAAGGCGAGCGAUCUUGGCAACACGCGGUCAGUAUACAGAAUGGGCAUGCUGUUCGAGCAGUCCAAUGACAUGUCCAAAGCAAAGGAGUACUACUACAAGGGCCUUAGCUUGAAGGACUCGGCUGCCCUUUACCGCAUGGGCAUGAUGAGUCUGCUUGGCCAGCAUGGCGAGACAAAGGAUUAUCAGGGGGGGUUGGAGCGCAUCCGAAACGCAGCCGACUGUGCAGACGAAGAUGCACCCCAGGGAGCAUACGUGUACGGCAUGCUUAUCGGACGAGACCUACCUGACAUUACCAUACCCGAAGGGCUAUUGCCUUAUACCGUCGAGACGUCAAAGAUGUACGUCGAAAAGGCAGCGUAUCUUGGCUUCGCCAAGGCGCAACUCAAAAUGGGCCAGGCAUUUGAGCUGUGUCAGCUGGGCUGCGACUUUAACCCCUCCUACUCUUUGCACUACUACGGAUUGGCCGCCAAGCAGGGAAUCCCAGAGGCUGCUCUUGGAGUCAGCCGAUGGUUCCUCUUUGGCUAUGAGGGUGUUUUCAAGAAGAACGAAGAGUUGGCAUUCAAAUAUGCCCAUGAGGCGGCGUCUGCGAAGCUGCCCACUGGCGAGUUCGCCAUGGGCUACUACCACGAAAUCGGUAUCCACGUUAACAAGGACGUUGUCGAAGCCCAGCGAUGGUAUCAACUCGCGGCCGAUCACGGGAAUAAGGAUGCCGUUGGUCGACUGGAAUCCCUGAGCCAGGAUAAGAGUCUUUCAAAAGCAGAUCACGAAACAACAACAUUGACGCGAAUUAAAUCACAGCAUGGCUCGAUGAGAGGCAAGCGCCCCGAACGAUUCAAGACGGCAAACAACCCGAUGCCCACGUUAAACGAGGGCGAAGGUGGUCCACCGCCGCUGCCCAAACUUGUCACGUCAGUUGGCUCUUCCCGAGCCUCUCCCGUGGCUUCUCCCGGCAUGCGUCCUACGAUUGUGGAAAAUAUGAAUUUUGCUGAGCCAUCCAGAGCGUCCUUUGUUGAUACUGAUCGACAGCCAGCCUUUAAUAUCCGCGUCGAUUCCAACGGCCCCCCUCCACGCUCUCAGUCUGCCGCCCCUUAUCCCGUGGAUGAUCGGGCACAGCCGAUAAAUGCCCGCCCUGGUGGAGGAGCGCCAUAUCCGGAUGACGAUGGCCGACCAAAUCCAGGUCGUUACGGUAACAACUACCCCCCUAAUCAAGGCCCUGCGGCAGACCGACCAAGCAGUGCCUUUGGUAUCAGGCCAUCGACAGGUGGCGGCCCUGGCGGCCCUGGCGGUCCAGGCCCAAGGCCGAUGCCAGGCUCCCAGUCGGCUGGUAACUUGUACCCCAAUCAGCCUCCUCCUGGAGCUGGUCGUGGCAGAGGUGGUCCUGGUCCUGGUCCCGGGCCUGGUCCCGGGCGCCCAUACGGAGGAGACAGCCGGCCCGGAAGCGCUCACUCAAACGGAAGAGGCCAGCCGCCUCAGGGAUACGGCGGACCCGGCGGACCCGGAGGCCCUCACGGGGGACCGCCGCCAGGUCAAUACGGGCCUCGGACAUCAUCACGACCAGGACCAGGGCCGGAUGGAUAUGCCGAUCAUCAUAACAGCGGCCCUGGUGGUCCUGGUGGUCCCGGAGGCCACUUCCCAGACAGAGUGGGUUCUCUUCCCCCACCAGCUGGAGGACACCCAGGAAGAGUCAAUACUGGAGGUCCCGCAGGUCCCCAAGGUUUUGGAAACGGCCCAGGGCCACGUCCAGGUCCUGGCAUGCCAAGUCCCGGCAUGCCGAGUCCCCAUAGAGCCGGCACAGCUCCUCCAGGCCAAGGCCAAGGCCCUCCACGUCCUGAUGUGCAUAGCCCGAGUCCUGUACCGAGCGCGGCUUCAGCGCCGACGGGCAAGCCUGGCAAGGCACCGAGCAAACAGGGUCCCGCAACGUUUGAAGAUAUGGGCAUCCCACAGGGUAAACAGGAUGGUGAUUGCGUUGUCAUGUAA